AUACAAAAUGUAUGCCUGAUUGAUUUCAUAUGUUUAAAAAGGUUCAUUGAAAAGGAAACAUGGAUUAAAAUGCUUGUGAUUUUUUUUUGAAUUUGUACAUUGUUACGGAUUAAAUUUGUAAUUAGAAAAAUAUCUCUUCGGAAAUCAAAUCACGACAUGCCAGACACGGUAAAAUGUUAAUAUUUAACAUAAUUAAUCUAACAUUUUGCUAAAGGAAAAGUUAAAACAUUGGCAUAAAAAAAAGGUAACAAUUGUGUGAUUAUAAAAACAACAACAACAACAACAACGAGAAUAUGUUAACUGUGCAAGACGUCAUAAGUAUCAUAAUAUUAUGUAAGUAAGCAUCACUUUUCCCAAAGAACAAUCAUCUUGAUCAUCUGAAGAUACGAACGUUUGAUCUCUCAUCGGAUAAAAAACUGUCCCAUUCAAUAGCUUAUUGUAGACGGCGAUUGCUCAAGGGAAAUAUCAAAUAAUGCUGACAAAUCUUGUUAUAUCAAAUCUCCAAGACUUUACGAGCAGUUACGAAACUCACAUACCAUAAUUUACGUUUUUGCUCCUCAGGGGGACAAUUAUAUGGGUUUAAACAGAUUGUUCUAGCAUUCGUCUGGAAUAAGAGUCAUACAUAUGGUAAGAUUAACACAGGUCUUUAACGAAAAUGCUCGUCGUGAUUGUAUCAUUUUCGAAUAGUCUCGAAUGAUUGAACGGAGUGUAGAUAAAUUGCGCAAUUGUCUGCUUGAAAACUGUUCGACGUGAUCUCGAAUUUCAAAGUUAUUUCCGUUAAUGUGCCGUUUUGUGAUCAUGAAAGAGUGAUAAUCGUUUGGAAAUAAUGAUACAUGGAUUAAACAAAUUUAUUUCAGAACUUUAAAGGAGUAGGCAAGGUAUGGAGUCGCGUUACAUAGGAUCAGGUGAAGCCAUCGAUAUUUCGCGGAAUGUGUCACUUAAUGUCAGUAAAACUAAUGAUGAUGAUUUCCUGGAAACAAUCAACAACGAAAUAUUCCUUACGAAGAUACCGGCCGUCGUGUACACGUCAGUUAUGAUGAUUCUAGGACUUCCGGGAAACAUAACAGUAUUUUAUAUAUAUUUCUUUAAAUGGCGCAGAAGUACUUCAAGGAUAUUUAUUCUUUUUCUUGCAGCUCUUGAUACUUUGAAUUGUUCCACAACUCUGCCAAUGGAAAUAUACUUGAUGAGAUAUUCAGUGAAUUUAGAUCAGCCUCUACUUUGUAAACUGUCUAGGUUUUCAACGUAUGUUAUGAACAGCGCUUCGGCUCUUGUUCUUGUCGGCAUUGCAGCUGACAGGUUUAAACGGAUUUGUAGACCGUAUCAACGAGCUUUUAGUGAGGCACAAUCAAGAUAUAUUUCAAUAGGAGCUAUACUCUUUUCUAUGGCAACCACCUGGCCGUCAUUGUUUUUGUACGGUACCAGAAGAGUAAAACUGGGAAAUGUUACUGGAUCAUCCUGCCUUUUACAGAAUGAAUAUGAUUCGUCUCCAUACCCGCUUAUAUAUUUCAGCUUUAUGAUAACUACUACAAUGUUAACAUUUGUGAUAUUGAUUAUAUUGUAUUAUCUUGUAGGGUUACAAAUUUACAGACAUAGGCGGUUUAAGCUCAAGAACUGCACGCAUGUUCAACAGAUUGUCGAUGAAAAGACUAUUACUGCCAAAUCUGAAAAGUCCAACGGUGAAAAACUUAAAUCGUCUAACAAUGAGUUAAACAAUGUCGAAGAAGAAGAUUGUGCUCACGAUAAGGUAGUGGUUGUUGUAAAAGCAGAAUCUGUCGUUCAAAACGAUGAUGAUGAAAACGAAUUGAAACCAUAUCAGUUGGGUUUACCGCCGCCGUGUAAAGACGUUGGGACCAGUUGUGGACUUUUAGAUAUACCAUAUCAGCAAGGAGGUCAACUUGGAUCAGAUUUUAACCUUUCUGAAAUAACGCGCGCCACUAGUGAACAUUCACUCGAAGGUUUAAAGGUAAACGAAUUACCGGAACCUAAAAAAGCGCCAUCACCCAAGCGUAAAAUUCAAAAAGUUAAGGAAAAGAAAAAGAGAAGAAGGGUGAGGUAUUUGCUUGUGCGUGGGUCGUCAACCUUAAAUGCAUCUGGGAGAGCGAAGUGUGUUAACUGUUUGACUGUGAGAAUAGGUCGGUCAACUUUGAUGUUAUUCUUUAUAACAAUUGCUUUCGUGAUAAGUUUUAUGCCUUUUUAUGUUCUUGUUAUUAUAAGACAAUCAAACAGUAAUUUUGUACGCGGAAUGUCAAAGUCUGGGCUUACAGCCUUUCAUUUGUUUUUGAGAUCAUAUCUAUUAUCGAGUGCGGUAAACCCUUUUAUCUAUUCAUUUUGUAAUGCUCAAUUUAGGGGUUAUUGUAAGGAAACAUUUUCAAGAAUUUUCAUAAAAAGACAUCAUUCUUUUAUGAAUCAUUCGAGUCGUCUAAGACGGCGCCAUUAAUCUGUGUUUAGUAAAUUUUGUUUUGAUUGAUUUCUUGUUUUAAUUAAAGGGACCAUUAAGCAUUCAAUUCUAAAAUACAAUAUUGCAAACAUUGCUUACCGUUUAUUUAAAAUCAUCACUUUCAUAAACCCAUCUCGAGACAGCCUGUUAAGAUAUUUGAAUGUGUAAUUAGUUUCGUAAGUACAACGAAUUUGGUAAAAUAAUUGUUUUUACGAUAAAAUAUAUUGAUAAGGCUAAGACAUGUGCUUUUGUGUGUGUUUUUUUUUGUUGUUUUUUUUUAAUUUACUAUUAUUUGACUGACAAGUUAACUCUUUUAAGUUAACUUUUUUCGAUAAAUGUGUAGUAUGUUUUUUUUUUUUUCAUUUUUCCAUUAAAGGUUACAUUGUGCUAUUGUCAACUUAAGUUAUGUAAGACAUAGACAUGUUUAGCUAAAACAAAAUUCCCGAAUACAUUCUCCCAACAAAAUAUGUUUAACUGUCUGUCAUAAAAAUUAAAUAUUCUUGCUUGUAAUGUAUUUAAAAUCAUAAUGACAAACGAUCAGUUUUGUUUUCUUGAACUAAAACGUCAGAUAUGUUAGUUGAAAAAAAGUUUUCUUGUAAGCAAUAUAUUAUGUUUUAUACACGUUUAAAAAACUGCAUUAUUUCAUUUAAUCAUUGUUUGAAAUUAGUUUCAUUACAAGAUUCUUUAUUAACUUUGAAGAAGGUGAAAUACUAGUAAAAAAAGCCAUGUUACAAAGGGCUUAACAAAAGGAUACAUUUUAAGUUUAAUUCGGUUAACUGCAAUACUUAUCUUUUUAACCCAUUUAGUUAGCAGUUUUAUUUCACAUACCGAUAAACUCUUAUUUGACUACCAUCCUUAUUACAGUUUUAUCAAUUUAGAGUAGAUAAACCUCAAUUUGCUAUUAAAGUAUUUUAUCUCAUAUCUCAUAUGUAAUGAUAACGAUUCACAUUAGGGGUUAAGGAAAAUUGUAUUUAAACGUCUUUUAAAAGUAUAAUCAGAUAACAAUGUUAUCCAUUGUUUUGCAUGAUCCACGUCUUUUUUCGUGUUGAAAAAUCAAAUAAGUACAAUAUUUAAUUUACAACCUAGACUUAAAACCUCCUUUAUUUAUAUCGUUAUACAAUUCCUAUUUUCCUAACACAUUUCUUGAGACUACACAUGUGUGUCUAUUAGCAUGUUCGACGAAACUUCAUACCUAUGUAACUAACUACAAAAAAAUAAUUAUAAAAUAAUAACUUCAUCAUUUGAUAAAAAAAAAUUAUUUCACAAAUUUAUUAAAUUCGAGGAUAUUAUAACUUUGAUAGUGUAAUUUGAGUAAGGGAAACAACCACUAUGUUUGUGAAGCUGCAUUUUCUAUGAAGAUAUGGUACAAUUAAUUUGGUCUUUUCUUUGAAGAAAGAAACAACACCGUUUUAGAGAAAAAAAUGUUCAAGAACAAGAUAUUAUAUUACUAUGUUUAACAUGGUUUUAUCGUUUUGCAAUGAUUUUAUGCAAGCAUCAUUUGUUCUUAUAUAAAUGAUAUAGAAACAUGUUUCUUUCAUAAAGGUUUUUUGAGAGAGUGCAACAUUUAUUUAACUUUAACAAAUUGAAUAUGUUUAUUUCUUUACUUGUAUAAUUAUAUAAUCCUUUCACUUCAUUUAAAUAUAAGAAUAUUUUAUAUUGAGAAUAUCAAUAAUCAAGCAGAUGCUAAAAUCUUUCAAUAGCCGUUAUUGUGUUUCUGUCACAAAAACAAUUUCUGAUUCCCAUAAAUGUGUUAACAGAUCGAUAAUGUUGUAUUCUGUUAUUGAUUAAAUAUAGAAAGCGUUGGCAACGUGGGUCAAAAUUCUAUGAUAUAUUAAGCACUUUUAACUAAUAUGUCAUUAAAAAUAGUUUUUCUAUUUUUAUAAUAGUCCCGACAAUAUUGUAGUGAUAUUAUCGAAAUAAGAAAUUUAACACAAUAUUUUACCCUGCGUCCACUGUCCAAUCGUACUAAAUAAUACGCAUCAUUCACUCCAAUUACAGUAGAAACAAUAAACAACACAUACAUCUGAUACCCUGUCAUCUUUUUGUCAGUGAAGUAAGAUUUAAAAAGCACAUUACGAAUCACAAACUCAAACAUGUUUUCCGAAUUUGUUUUCUGAUAUUGUAAUAAUUAAACAAGAGCAUGCUAGGUGCUUAUAUCCUAAAUAAUGUAGCAUUGAAUUUGACAUAUAAUAAAGGUAGCAAAAUGUAAAAAAAAAU